GGGGAGAGAGCUGCUUUCGGCAAUGAACUUUUUAAUUAAUGUGGGUGGGCUGAAAACACAACGAGUGUUUAUGAUCGAACAUUUAUUUUCCAGUGCAAAGUCAACAUAAAACAGCAAACGUACAACAAUUAUUUAACAUUUCUAGACUCAUGAGGCAGGGACGCAGCGUGAGCCCGCCAUUCCAAGAGCAGCACUCACUACGGGCUAAAGUUUCCUUGGGAAGGAAAUAGCGCUCCAGCGUCAUGAGUCUGUACCACAGCAGAGUGCCGCAGCUUGGAGUGCCACCCUCCGCGCUCAAUCUCUCCAAUUCCUCCUUGAUUUACUUAUAUGGAGGCGACGGCGGUACCAUUCUUCCCGCUUUGGGUUUCGUCCCGAAUCGGCAGGAACCUCCGCAAAAACCUCCGUACAGCUACAUUGCACUUAUCGCAAUGGCUAUAAAGGGUGCGCCAGAGAAGCGCGCGACGCUGAGCGGCAUUUACCAGUUUAUCAUGGACCACUUCCCUUUUUACCAUGACAACAAGCAGGGCUGGCAGAACUCAAUCCGUCACAACCUCUCUCUAAAUGACUGUUUCAUCAAGGUACCGAGAGAGAAGGGCCGGCCCGGUAAAGGCAGCUACUGGACUUUGGACACCAAGUGUCUGGACAUGUUCGACCACGGAAACUAUAGACGGAGGAAGAGAAAACUAAAGGGUCAAGAGACUGCAGAGUCCAAAACUACUCACAAGAGGAACAGGGGUCCGGUCUCCUCGAACCCGACAGGGUCUAAACUUCCAGCUGAUGCUUACCUGAGGAGGAUGGGUAGGCCAAUGUCAGCUGGAGAGAGGGCUGUGGUGGGCACAGAGAUGGAACAACAGCAUAGAUGUUAUGAGAAAUGUUCAGAUUUAAAAUAUGCUCUUGGUGAGUUCAACAAUGUUGGGAUGCUGCAAAGUGGGUCUGGCCAUGGCCCAAAAUUAAAUAUGCACAAUGAAAUCCAAAUUGAAUCCACGCAGGACAUGUACGGCAGUCAAUCCACUGACGCGCGCCUCGGUCCAAGGUGCAUACCAGUUCAGGACCACAGGGUCUGGUUGGACGCAGCGCAUCUUUCAGGAGCGUCUUCCCUCCACGAGGUUGAACCAGACAGCAGCAUACUAGCGUUUGACGGGAGGGAGAACGGGUCUCCUGUCCUGUCCGGUUGCGCGGUGAACUUGAACUCAUCUAUUCUGUGCAGAACAAAGGACAUUAUAUCCACCGUCCCAAGCAGAGCAACGGACAAAUCAAAAUGUUUUAGCAUAGACAGUAUCUUAUCAAAAAAGGGAAACCAAAUGCACAAAAGCAACAUUGGUGUGACAGCACAGACGAGCUUGGACCCCCAAAGUAACACAUUCAAUUCGUCUGUUAUCUUGGGUGCACGCACGCACCAGCUGUACCAGAUGGAAUUUCCUCUUUGCUCUUACUUAUCAUUCACCUGCCCUGAGAAAGUUCUACAUUUCAAAUAGGCAAAGUGAUAUACAAACGAGAGGUGAUGUGAUAAAAUGGGAACAUCUAAAGAUAUUACGCACGAGUGUCACCAUUUUCGUGCAGUGGGAAGAGAGAAUAUGAUAUUAAUAAUUUGACUUCUACAACCAUCUGAUCAAGAGCCUAUCAGCACUAUAACGAUGAACCAAUUAUGAUUACAUUUAUGAUUAUGAUUACAUUUAUGAUUAUGAUUAUUAGGCUACCUUCCCUUCCCAUGAGCUGGUGCGCGUAAAAUACCUUUGCAUUUGACGAAAAGCCCUCAUGAGUAUACGGAUGUUGUUUUAGUAAAUGUAAAUGUUUAUUAUAAUGAGGGUUUUAUAUGUAGUAGCUCUGAGCUUGUCAUCGGAGUGCCUGCCAUUUCACUGUUGUGUGAGUUAUAUUCUGUGCUGAUCCUCCGGUGUUACAUUUCAAUGUUAAAGUGGUAGCAUUAUGGUAUCUGAAAAUAUAUAUCAUUUUACAAAGUUUUCUUUUUCCAUCUUGAAUGUAAAAACAAACCGUAAUAAACUAAAAGAAUACAUUGCACAUCAGCUUGAUUUAAUUCUAUGAAAAUUGACAAAAGUAAAUUGAGGACAUUGCAGUGUAACACAUUCAAUCUUAGCAUAUAAAACGUAAAAAUCAUUACAUUUGGUCAUGCAUUCUUUAGUAUAGCCCUGCAGCCAGUCUUCAAUGCUCUCCCACAUACAUACUUACACCUUGGAAUAAUUUAAGUUUAUUUUAUUUUUACAGGGACAGUGCACAUUAAUCAACGUUUCAGUAAAUGUUCCGGUUUUAGCCAGCCGGCUAAUUUUCAACCGCAGUCCCUGGGCAGGUUAUUAGCCUAAAUUAUGAAGGGAAGAGUUAAACUUGUUCAUGACCCACAGUAAGUAGGCCUAUUGCAUCAUAAUUAGAGCUAUGGGCACCAGUAAACAUACAUUUGUUUACCAGUUGAUCAAAUUUCCCAUUGCAAAAAGUGCUGUUAACACAAAUACUGUAUCAGCCAGAGCAUUGCCAUCUGUUUCCUUGAGGUCACUAUGUGAUUUACAGUGAAUGAAAGUUGUUAUGGUAUUGAACUGUAAAGUUGCAUACUGUAUACAGUCGCAUAAAUAAGCAGUGGGUUUGUGGGGUUUUGUUAUGACACCUGCAUGAAAUCAGAGCGUUAUUGACAACAUAAUCAUGAAAACUCUUAGCCCAAACUCCCACUUCUAAAUAUAGCUUAAAUUUAUACUCCUCUGAAACCCUCACUGCAGACCUUGAGAGUGCAAAUCAGGAAUGCCUGUGGAAAUAAAUAAACUUCCCCACAUUUGAGGAGAGGAACUCACAAUCACAAGCAUUUCCUGUGUAUAGGAUUCUUUUGGUCAGAUGUGUAAAUAAAACGUCAUGCUGAAAACCUUUUGAGGAGAAAAAGAGGUUCCAUUCCCUAGCCUGCUCAGCUCAAACAGUCAUCAGCACAUUUAGUCUUCAACUCUAUUGACAGAUUCUGUAGCACUUUCUGUAAGAUACUGUGGCUCUGCUAAACUGAGAAUCCUCAACAAACAAGAACUAAGCAUCUGAAACAAUAUAUUUUGUUUAUAAGAAUUUCUUCAAAUGAAUCUGAUGUGUGAAACAAAUGAAACAAAGUGGUUGUUUUUUCCCAAAUUUCAUGCAUUUAAUUAAAAUAUGAAGAAUAUCCAUCUCAA